UGGUAGCUCCUUGUGCAGCCAGUAGGGGGAAUCGACUACUCGCACUGGCGCCAACCCCUCUGGUCUUCACUCCUCUUCCCCGUGUUCUCUCAGGUUGUGGAAACGCUGCAGCCCGCUGGUCUGUGUCUGGAUCCCUCACUCGCACAGAGCUGCUCAAGACCCUCCCACCGGCUGGGCUGGGAAAGGAGGAGGCAGUGUGUGCUCUGUUAGUAGCUUCGAACGAGCCCCCUUUACCACCCUGUCAGUGUGGAGGAGAAGGAGAGAGAGAGGCUUGGAUACUGAGUGACAGAGGAAGCACACGCGAGAGAGUCAGGCUGCUUAGAUGAGCAAGAGAGCCGAGGAACAAUAAGGAGCACGUUUUAUAGAAGCAGAUAACAGGAUCACAGACGAGGGACUUCAGGACACAAUCGCUGUCUUUUUUUGUAAUCACUUGUCUGCUAACUGGAACUGCGUGGAUUGGUUAACCAACCAGUGGAUUUUUGAAUAUUUGCCUGUGCCACAUCAUUUAAAAACUGGGAUCUUUCUCUUAUCUGUGCUCCUGCUGGCUUCUCUGCUACAGACUGUGAUUGCUUUCUGUGUCUGUGUCAAGCUCUGUUGUUGUGAGACAAAGUGCAUCUGUUGGCAACUGGCACUGACGAUAUCUUCUUCUGUCAAGCAGGACAGGCAUCGUCAAAUCAGAGGAGAGAGAAAGUGUAUGUGGGGUUGAGCGUGUGUGUGUAAGAGGUGGGAAAGACAGAAAGCGAGGGGCAGUGAGAGAGUGCGAUUAAAACCAAGCCAAAGGACUGGAGUGAAUAGCUUGAAUAGAGAAGUGAGCCUAUACGUCCUAACCCGUUUUUCCUUACCAUUCCUUUCCUCCUCCUCUCCUCCUCUUCCUCUCCCAUUCUCAACAUUCUUAGAACUGCCAGAGCUACUGCCACCUGCACCUCCUUGCGUCUCCUCUUUCCUCUUCCUUUUCUACCUCACCCUAACUAUCCAAUCGCAAACUCGCCGCUCUCCGUUCUGGCACUUUAGAAAAUAUUUCUAGUCCAUCAGUAAGUGAGCACCUGCCUGAUACCAAGUGUCUGGAACAGCGAGGCAAAAGUCAUCGGGAGCUCCCUCAUCAGAGGCGGACCUUCUCGGAAGCCCAGUCCGACACACAGAUCUUGCCUUCUCCCCAGAGGACCGGCUUGCAACACACUGGUGCAGACAGCAAAGCCUGGAAUCGCACAGCCCCACCGUCGCCUCCACCACAUUUCUAGCUACUUGGCAGCUCCCGCCCCCGUGUCACCAUUCCCUGCCUCAGUGCUAAGGAUUCCAGCUACAUGGGCAAGCGAUUGGAGCAGCAGCCAAUGUACCCUCAGUACACCUACUACUACCCCCACUAUCUCCAAACCAAGCAGCCCUAUGCUCCACCCCCUCAUCCCAUGGCUCCUCCCAGCCCCAGCACCAACAGCUGCAGCCAGGGAGGGGCGGAGCAGCUCAGUAAGACCAACCUGUAUAUUCGCGGUCUGCCACCUGGAACCACCGACCAGGACCUUAUCAAGCUCUGCCAACCGUAUGGAAAAAUAGUGUCAACCAAGGCCAUUCUCGAUAAGAACACUAACCAGUGCAAAGGGUAUGGCUUUGUGGAUUUUGACAGUCCAGCUGCAGCUCAGAAGGCCGUGUCAUCUCUCAAAGCCACUGGGGUGCAAGCCCAAAUGGCCAAGCAACAAGAGCAGGAUCCCACAAACCUGUACAUCUCCAACCUGCCAGUGUCGAUGGAUGAACAGGAGCUGGAGAACAUGCUGAAGCCCCUGGGUCACGUCAUCUCUACAAGGAUACUUAGAGAUGCCAAUGGGGUCAGCAGAGGGGUCGGCUUCGCCAGGAUGGAGUCAACAGAGAAGUGUGAAGUUGUGAUACAGCAUUUCAAUGGAAAAUACCUGAAAACCCCACCAGGAAUCCCAGCCCCCACGGAGCCUUUGCUGUGCAAAUUUGCAGACGGAGGGCAGAAGAAACGUCAAAGCCAGAGCAAGUAUCCUCAGAAUGGGAGACCGUGGCACAGAGAAGGGGAGACUGGCAUGGCGUUAACGUACGAUCCUGCUGCAAUGCAGAAUGGUUUCUACUCCUCGCCUUACAGCAUCGCCACCAACCGCAUGAUCGCACAGACCUCCAUCACGCCCUUCAUCGCUGCUUCCCCUGUUUCCACAUAUCAGGUCCAGAGUACGUCAUGGAUGCCUCAUCAACAAUAUGUUAUGCAACCGACAGGUGCAGUGAUCACACCAGCCAUGGACCACACUAUGUCCAUGCAGCCUGCCAGCAUGAUGGGCCCUCUAACCCAGCAGAUGAACCAUCUGUCACUGGGCACUACAGGAAGUUACAUGACUGCUGCAGCUGCCGCCGCUGCACCUAUGCAAGGGACCUACAUUCCCCAGUACACUCCUGUGCCUCCAACAGCCGUCCCUGUCGAAGGAGUGGUGACAGAUGCCUCACCCCAGACGGUGGCUCCUUCAUCACAGGAGGUGGCUGGCCAGCAGCAACAGAUCCAGGUGGACAGUGCCGAUCACGUUCCUGCUUACUCAUACCAGUCCAACAACGGCCUGAGCGAAUGUUCCUGUGACAGCGUUGCCUUGAGACAGAGGGUGGCUGCACUGUGAAUGUGAGGAAAAGAAAGAGAUUACUUCCAGAUUGCCCAGGCACCAAAAAAGAGACACUUUUUUUCAUUUCCUACCUGGCCUACAAGAAAAAAAAAAAAAAAUCAAGACUGAGGCAAAGAGUGCUGAGGAAAAGAGGGGAUGUGGGGGAAAUUACUGGGCACAGUGCAAAGAAGUAAAUUGUUUUAGUCUGGGAAUGAGACCCGCCUAAAGGGCUGGGCUGAAGCUUGAAAAGCUUCUCAAAGAAAAUUCUCAACUAAUAAAAAAAAAAAUAGAAAGGCAAAAAAUAAAAUAAAAAGAGAAAACAAAAAAAAUGGUUGAAUGCGCUGGUAGGUGAUGAAGUUUAUUUUGUAAUUAGAAAGGGGGAGGGAAAGUUUGAGAUACACACAGAGAUUGUCUUCCUCAGAUAUUAAGCUACGGUUUCUUUUCAGUCUUUUUUUUAUGUUCUAGUGUUAAAGCUUAGUUUUCUAGAUGUAUUUGAAAAAAAAGGGUUUUUUUCUUCUUUCUUGAAUCUUCAUGGCCUUAAUUUGGAGGGCGCCAGAAACCUUUUACAGAGUGAAAGUCUGACGUCUAGUUGGGAGGGUUUAAAAACAAAAAAACAAACAAAAAAAAAGAAAACAGUUUCUUGGACCUCUAUGGGGAGGGGUUCAAAAUGCUGAAUGAGUUGCUCUAAAGAGAAAAGAAAAAGAAUCUAUCACAUAAGCUGUACAGAUUUAAUAGAGAAAAGCUUUUUGUUUCAUUUCUUCGUUAGAAGAAAACUUUGAUAAUUAUUAUGUCAGAGGUAACUACGUGUCAGAAGUAAACAAAAUGUCUGUUGUUGGGAUGGGGUGGGAGGGUGACGCAUCGAAGAGAUUUUACACAAUGGGAAAAAGUAGAAAACAUAAGACACGCUGCGCUGUGGGUGCAGCCUGUUGCAAAUGCUGAACUUGUUUUUUUAUUCUCAUUAUCAUUUUACAUGCCGCUCUCAAUGACAUUAGUGCUUUUUAUCGGCCACAUUUUACCUUUUUUAUGAGCUUUAAGAUGUUUCUAGACUGCUUUGCUUGUCACACUGCAAAAAAAAUAAAUAAAAAAAGAAUAAAAUGCAAAAAAAAAAAAGAAAAAAAAUUCAAAUAACUUCUGGCAGUGAAAUAAAACAGUAGAUUCAGUAGGAGCUUAUGGUUUAAACCAAUCAGUGCAAAAGCAAUAGAGGAAAUUGUUGACAAUUUCUGUAGUCUUUCCUAGUUGUGGAUCAAAUGCAGCCCAUGGAUGGCCAUUUUUAUACCAAAGAUGAAGAGACACUCUGAACCAGAGUUUUGCUUUUGUUUUUCCCCCCCUUUUUUUCAUUUUUAAGUUUGAUUUCCUUGUUGUUAAUGUUGAUGUUGUUGAUGUUAAUGUUGUUGGUGAAGAUGUUGUUGCAGUUAUUGUCAUUUGUUUGUUUGCUUAUUUUUCUUCUGGUUUUGUUUUUUUUUUUUUAACCUUAAUGGCCGGACCAGUCCUACAAUCCUUCUCAUCCUGCUUUAUUCAGAGUCAGGAUCAUUUUUCACGCUUGUUCGAUCUGCCUCUCUUUCUCUUACACACAUCCACACACAUGCACGCACACCUGCAGCAUAUAUUCUCACAGAACACACGUACAACCUCAAUAAUCGGACAGUAUUUAAUUGUGUGACGUGUUAUUUUUUUUUAGCCUCCUUUGUGGAGGUUUUGAUGCUUUGAGGGUGCGUCUCACCUCUCGCUCAGAUCCUGCAGGGAAAAAGUUGGCUAGAGCAGAGGAGGAAGGUUGCUGGAAACACUCUGAGGUUUUUCCUCUCUGUGGUUUCUGUUUGUCUCUUUAUCCUUGUCGAUUCAACCAAUAUUAACUCAAAUAUUUCUCAGCGAAAUAAGCUGCAGUGAGGAUCAGUUUGCUGCUAUUUUUUUUAUUAUCUUGCUCACUAUACCAUCCCAACAUGCAGAUUUCCUCACAUUUAAACAAACUGAGUGACAUUAGCUGCAUCUUUUAAAGCAGGUAAGUUACUACUCAUAAAGAAAAUUACACAACGCAGGCUUUGUCAUAUCAAGAAGUGAUUGCAUAAGCUUUGGCACCAAAUGGCACUCUUCUUUUUUUACCUUUACGGUUUAUUUCUGUGUAUUUACUCUCUCUUUGAUGUCUUCAUGCCUUCAGUAAGGCAGCAUUAGGAGGCUGGAGGACAGGCAAUGACUGAAACCACCUUCUAUGCUUCUUAUUUUCUUUUAGCUUGCAUUCCUUCUUUGUUGUAUUGUUUAGCUGCACGUUUCAAAACUAAUUCAAAGUCUUCAUGUAGAACGGAAAGCCAGGAAUCGUCAUUUAUCAAACAUAAACUUCAGUUAAUCAGAUUCAUGAAGGGCUGCACCAAAAGCUCUGCUCAUGUACUCUAGCAAGGCAGUGGUUGAUUUUGUUGACAUUCGUUACACCUUAAAGGACUUUUUUUCUAUACUUUUUUGCUUUUCGGUGAAGUGUCCAGCUGUCAAUUAUCUUAGUUUCGAAACUGCGUACCGUUAAUCUAAACCUGUAAAUGUGUUGGAAGUGGAAAGGUGAAAAGAAACCCACAGCGUCAAAGUCUGUUGAUGGUAAAAAUGUUGUUGUCCAGUUGUGAAGUAGGCAGUGAAAGUCGGGCUCUGAUGGGGCUUAAUUUGGGUAAAAACAUAUGAGCUAACAAAGUGUAGCUAUGUAGCUUAUUUUUGUAUUCUAAAAGUAUUUUUCGCCUGAUCAAGAUGUGUAAAAGGCUUUAAAAAAAAUCUAUCUUUUAUAGCGAUAGCUAAACUUCACACUGAAAUUUGGAAAAAUAGAUGAUUUAAUUUGAGAACAUUUUUUGGAAGGGGGCACAUUUCAUGUCGUGUUUGACAUAAUCACCAGCAUAACAAUUGCCACCUUGCAAUGCAUUUUUGUACGAUAAUUCACUUUAAAUAUUUCAGGCUGUCUAAGGCAUAUGUUCGAUGCAGAAGGUUAUUUCUUCUACCGACUGCAAGACAAAAAAACGUUAUAUUUUAGCGUGAUAAUUUUUUGGCUUAUUUUCAGAAAAUCCUGCUCUUAUGUUCAGUUAAAGCACCAUUAAAAUGUUUAAAACAGCUGGAACUGUGGCAAAUAAGGCUGAACAAGUUUAUUUUAUCACCAUGCACAGACGUUUACAGAACUGUAGGGGCCACCAAGUCUAUUAAGAUUUGUCACUGUAGAGAAUGCUGUACGGACAGGAACUGGCUGACCUAAAAAAGCCAUAAAAAUGUCCAUGUACGUCAAGUGUUUGGAGUAAUAAUUAAAUAUAACCCCAGCUUUGAUCGUAGAGCAUUACUUUAACACCAAAUUCUAUCUAUUUAAAGAUGCUGAAGCCAUAUAUAUUUAUGAAUCCUAUAAAAACUUUGUAAAAUAGCAACCCAGCUGUGGAAAGUUUGCUGACAAAAUGUUUGAAAAAUGCAGUUCAUAGCUUCAAAUAGGAGAGAAAACAGGUCAUUAGUCUGAUGUUGGGGGGGAAAAAGAAUUAAAGAUUUGCACAAGCUUUUUAUAAUAAUUCAACUGCCAACACAGAAAGUUCAUGACCUAGAGAAUUAUAUUUAGUUUUUUCACUAGAAGCUGUAAAACUGCUUCCAUGCAGUAAGGGACUGUAACCAGUCCAAAAGUAAAAUGUUUGAACAGAGAAAAGGCUGGCUAAAACCAAGCAAUGGUGCCACGUUGCCAUCAGUUCUCCUCUGUGACACUAACAAGCCUCCGUAGAAGUGUGUUUAAAGCCAAAAAAAGGACAAAUUGUCCUGAACACCUUCCUGAUUAUGUGCCCAGUAUGGCAGAUCUGUGGGAACUAAGUGCGCUCCUCACCAGCCAUAUCCAGUCAUUGAUGGCAGCUCCUCGGUCGCCCUCCACUCUGAGUGCCCGUUAUGCCCCUCGUUAUCCCACCAGGUUGCACAAACAACUCCCUUUCCUCUGAUCCUGUCUUUCCAUCCCUGAGCUGCAUGAUGUUUGCAGUGACUUCACAUUUGUGGACUGUCCCCAAGGAAAUCGUCUGUGGGAGAACAGCAAUUUCUGCCCACAUUAUUGCAGCCUGUUUUGUUUUCAGUGUUCACCCUCCUGCUUUGCCCCAGCUGUGGUGCCGCAGCUAUAAAGAAAAAAGAAAGAAAGAAAAAAAAAAAGACAACUGGCACAGUUUGUGCCAUGGCGUGGCCAGGCUCCUUUCUGCUCUGAUUUUCCAUCCCUACCUCGUUGUUUGCCUCCUCCCUCUCAUAGUUUCUAUCCGAGGUCUCUCGUCUUUAUUAGGUGGUGCAAAAGCAGAACCGCAAACCAAUUUCAGUCACUCUUGCAAUGAGCCUUGACGGACCCAAUUUGUCUCCCUCUGGGGCAAUAGGAUCCACUCCAAUGUCCCUCAAAGACCCCUUUCUUCCUGAGAGAGACGGAGAGGAGGAGCUUUUUGUUUGCUAAUGACAUAUUUUAUUUCGUUAGUGCUACUGAUGGACUGCACAUUGCAGACAAACUGUCAUUAUGCACGGCAGCGUUUAUAAGUAACAAUCAAAUUGAACAUUUAGUGCCUUUUAACAAAGCUUCCAAAUGAUUCCAUGUUCUCUCAGUAGUGAAGCACAUGGACGAGCUUUUGGAAGAACUUAUGGAAUCUCCUCAAUGGUGCUAAAGGUGGAGCUGCUUUCCAUUAUUGGACCUCAAACUAACUCCAUUGACUUGACAUUGCACAAUUGAAGCUGGCCCACAGGUGUGUGCUUAAAGCCAUAAUAUAUAUAUAUAUAUAUAUAUAUAUAUAUAUUUUUUUUUUUUCAUCUUCCAGUGUAAACCAACUUUUUUUUCUCUCUGGCAUCUGCAAGACACAAAGUCGGAUCAAACUAUCAGUAAUUAUUCCAGGUCAAUUUGCACUUUUUUGUACCCACCUGUUUCCAUUCUAUCCAUAUCUAUUUUCACAGUAAACAAACCUUUUCAUACCUACUGACUUAAACUGAUGCAUCACUUUAUUUUUUUUAGUAGAGAUUUAUUUUCAUGAAAAUUGAAAUAGAUAUAAUCAUAAUAAGGCACACAAUUCUUAUUCUUUAGUUUAUUUUAGAAAAUCAUCCUUCUGUAGAUACAUGUUAUUUACCUUAGGCAUGUAACCACUUUUCCUUAGAGAAGACAAUAGCGUUGUUUUCAUCGACCAUAUAGUUGCACAAAUUGAAAUUACAAAAAUAAAUUUGCUUAAUAUAAACAAGGCAAUUUUGGUAAAACACGUUUUUCAAUAAAGUUGGAUGAGGUGGUUUUUCGGCUGUACCAAAAUUGUUGUAUUUUGCAAAACUGCAAUGGAAACACUUUUUUCCGCAUCACACAAGUUAAUGUGAUAAACAACCAGAUGUUACUACUGCCGGAAAAGAGGAAGAAGACGACAGGAAGUGCUUGGAGGAUGACAGCGUGGCAUGUUUCUUAAUGACUUAUUGCUUAAACAAACAUAUUCAUGUGAGAUUUUAUUUGCAUUUCUUAUUUAAUGGAAAUAAUUCUGAAAAUGUUUUUUCAACAUAAGCAGAAUGUCAAGCAGGUUUUGCUCACAUCUGUAAUGAAAACGCAGCAAAAGAGAACAUCAGCAGAAACUACUAUAAUCUGUUCCUAAGGCAGAUAUUAAAGGUUGCUAAAGUGGACAUGAAUUGGCAUCUUGUUGGUACUAAAUCCGCAUAGAUUUCCAGAAACGUUUUGUACAAAUCAACCCAAAUUAUUAAAGUAAAAUAUGUGGGAGUGAUGAGAUGACAGGGCUACUAUCUGUGGCUACCAAACUGUGAUCAACUGUAUGUCAUUUUUUUCCUACUCCUGAUCUACCGCUCUACAUUUGCCUGUAGUCAACUCUAAUCUCUCACUGUGUACCGUCUCUCAUACUGUUGUGUUUAACAGGUAUUACUGGGGCGUAGAGCUUGACGGAUACACUGAGACACAGAUCUCAAGCAAGUUUGUGCCGUUGAAUCUGUGUACAACCAGGAAGAGUCCUUUGUUUGUGUUCAAUUUACAACUUUCAGCUGUGGUAUACCAGAAUCAGAGUCGCCCAGCAGCUUUACAGCUUCUGUUCUUAUAGAACAGAGAAUAUUGUGAAUCCCAAUAAGACUCUUAAUGCAUGAGUUGCACAUCAGAGCACAGAGUGUCCUACAAAUGGCCCGAGAUUCAGUAGUAAUAGCAUUAUGAGAAAUAGGAUUACAAAUAGCCAAAAGAUUAUGUGGGGGAAAAAUGCACAACUAAGAACAUCAGUUCCAUUUUGCUAAUGGAGACUCAAAAGAAAGAAAAGACAUUAAGGCAGGUGUUUUGCUACCAAUAUUUCACAUAGAUCUGAAAGAUUAUCCAAGCAGAAAUGCCUUUUUUCUUAAUAGCACAAUGGAAUAAUGUACCUUCUCAGAAUACAAAUACCUUCUUGGUAAGUCUGCGGAAGGCAUGCCUGAAAUUUUAAGGAGGCUGUUGCAGAAAUGUGCCCCCAGUCAGAUCAUGUGUCAGCACAAACCUGGAGCCAGCAAUACCAGGAGAGAAAGGAGAAGGGUGAUCAUUAGCUCUUGUUGCUGGGCAGAAGCGAAGUUUAGAGAGCAGCAGCUUCCCUGUUAAGGACUUACAGAGGUGACUAAUUCGAACCCUCACAAAUUAGGAGCCUUCUCUCCGCCUCGCUUGCUCCAUCACACUAAGUAGCUGUUUCCUUUUAGGCAAAACAACUGGUUAAUUUGUAGCCUUCUCUGUCUCUUCACCUUACUGCCACUUAGUCAGAAGUCCUUUUACCUAGAUUACAUUUUUCCUUUUCUUUAAAUCUACGUCCUGCAUGUUUUACAUAUUUCCGCAGAUCAGGAUGCCUGAAUCAGGUGAAAAGAUCAUUCAUUUUCCAGCAGAACUUGAAGAAAAACAAAGGAGCUAACUUACCCAUUUCAGUUAGCGACCUUUAGCAAGAACAAACCUAGCAGAGCUGCUGAGGGGUGUAAGUGUGGGUUGUGUAGUCUACUUGUAUCUUUUGUCCUCUGAAGAAAUAUCUGCAUAUGAGGCAGCAGGGAUUCUUUCAAGGGAUUCGUAUCCAGUCCUUGAAUAAUCGAAGCAACUUGUCAUCAAUUACUUUGAUCUUAAUAGAGGAGGUAGUCUGAUGUGGCAGCAUCGAGCUUUUUGCAGAUGAUGUGGAUUAAUUGACAUUUUGUAUCAGUGACCUUUGUUGUGAGCAGUUUACAACGAAGUAUAAGGAACUCAUGGGAAAAGGUGCAGCAGCCCCACUGUCUCUUGGUUGGAGUUAAGUCUGUUUAUCAAGAAUCUUGAUUCUUGUUCAAGAGUAAAACAUGGCAGGUAGAGCAGAGGUGGGAAAAUCUGAUCCGCAAGAUUUGGCAUGCUGCAAGUUGAAAGCUUGCUCUUCAAAACCUGACUUAUAAAAUUAUAUUAGGACUUGACUUCUUCUGUGAGAGAGUACUAAUGGUCUCUUCAUAGCUGGGUCCAUUUAUAUUACAAUGUUUUUCAAUGGUCAUGAGCUGAAAUAAGCUUUUUUUAGCUUUGAAAGGAAUCUGUUGAGUGGAUUGAAACCUGAAUGUUCCACUGGACGAUCCACAACUUGCUGCAGGAGCUGGAAAUUCAUUCUGGGAAAUUAUCUAGGAUCGACGAAUCGAUCCCUGACAAUCGGAUUGGCUGAAAGAUGCUGUUAUUGUUUAUUCAUUGGGAGUGCCAUAAAGUUUAUGCAAUCACUUUUUCAAGAGAGAUUUCAGAUUGUAAAUAAAGGAUCCAACCUGCUCAAAUGCAGUAAAUCUUACUCACCCACUGGCCUAAAAUUAAUUUCAUAGCCAGAGGCAAAACAAAAACAGCAAUAUUAGAGCAGAUUUUUGAUAAAAUCUUGGGGCAAUAUUCUGAUCUUCUCUAAUGUGUCCGUCCAUCAAGGCAAGGUGCUUUUUUUCCCCCCACUGCCUUUAAACACAUUCACUCAUUCACUUCCUCGUCUCUCAGAAUCACUGCCAUCUCAGUGUCACAGCCAUACUCUCAUAUUUCCAUGUCCAGCUCAGUUGUGAGGCUCUCCCGGAAUUCGGAGCCUUCCCCCAUUGAUCGCCAUGUGUUCGCAUACGCAGGAGUUCAGAGUUCCUCUCGCUGCGGAGUGUCAAGGAGAGCUGCGGCUCAAUAACUCACUUUCGCACAGUCACACUUAACACAUAAUGCAGUGGGAAAAUUGCUCAAACGAACCCUCCCCCCCUGCUGGAGCGAGGCCCUGGGCUUUUAAUUGAUGCUUCGGUCCACCUCUGAUGAGAGCUAUCGAUUGGCUGCAGAACUCCUGGAGCUCCAGGCAGCCCUCCCCACACACACACACACAUGCAUAUAUCCACACACAGGCCUCAUGGAGUUCCAACAGCUCCACAAGAAAGGUAAAAUCUGAUAAUACUAGGAAAUAAUUUUAAGGAAUCCAGCAAAGAGAACUAUUUAUUAGGACAGCAGAGCAGUUUUUCAUAACUUUUUUGCGUUCAUUUUGGUUACAUUUUCUGUUUUUCACUUUUGUUUUUUUUGUUUCAGCGCUGAGGAGGAUAUGGUCAUGCCUCUCACACACACUCACACGCGCCUGCGCACGCAGGCAUUGCUUGGUGUGUGCGAUCUUUGAGAAUUCAUCUGUACAUCUGUGGAUGUUAGGAAUUGACUUGGGUUUUAUGAGUUGUUUUUUUCUCUCUCUGAUGAAGCUUUCAAUAAAAAAAAAGUGGGAAAAAGCA